UUUAUGAAAUGCAUUGAAUCACUAUUUAAUGCAUUCAUUCAUUUAUAAAGACUUUGAGUUAUUGAAUGAAUGCAACAAUUGUUUAGUUAAUUAACAUUUAAGACAAUUGUUUGUGUGAUUUGUUUAAGUGAUAAUCACAUCUUAAGAUGUCUGGCAUAGCGUUGUCGCGUUUGUCUGAAGAACGUAAAGCGUGGCGAAAGGAUCAUCCGUUCGGGUUUAUCGCCAAACCAACCAAAAACACGGACGACAGCCUUAAUCUGAUGAACUGGGAGUGUGCCAUCCCUGGCAAAAAGGGUACAAUGUGGGAGGGGGGGCUCUAUAAGAUUCGUAUGAUUUUCAAAGAUGAUUAUCCGUCGAGUCCUCCGAAGUGCAAGUUUGAACCGCCGCUCUUUCACCCGAACGUUUAUCCAUCGGGAACUGUAUGUCUUUCACUAUUGGACGAGGAGAAAGACUGGCGUCCGGCCAUUACUAUUAAACAGAUUUUAGUUGGAAUUCAGGAUCUGUUGAAUGAGCCGAACAUCAAAGACCCGGCACAGGCAGAGGCCUAUACUAUUUAUUGCCAGAAUAAAGCCGAGUAUGAGAAGCGAGUCAAGGCUCAGGCAAAGUCAAUGGCAUCUCAGGACUGAUCGCCGAGUAUUUUGGAUUAUUCCCACAAUAUUUCAUAUAAAUAUCAUAUGCUUAUCAUAUGUUCACUCUUUUUUCAUACGAUAUUAUCUCUUAAAAAUAUUUUUGAAACUCUAAUUGAAAUUCAUUUAUUUUAUAAUUGUUUUAAUUAAU